AUGGCCACAGAGCCAAUUCCGUACGAUACCCCGGCUCUUAAGCCGCCGGCUGGAAUUGAGUCCAACUUUAUAGAUCCACCAUCUUUGCAUGCAUGGACCUUGAGUGUCGGAACCACCUGUAUGACUAUAAUGACACUCGCAGUGGCUAUACGGACAUACACCAAAGCUAUCAUCAUCAAAGAAAUGAGGCACGAAGAUUACGUGGCCAUUGUAGCGCUAGCUGGAUUUCUCGCAUGGGGAGCCAUCUAUAUUCAUCUAUCGUCUAUAGGACUGACGCGGGAUAUGUGGAACAUUCGAGCGGUUGACAUGUCACACAUGUUAUACCUGUGCAACGUUUUCCAGAUGAUCUAUCCCCCUUCCAUGGGAGCCGCCAAGUACUUCGUCUGCAUCCAGCUCAAGAGGAUCUUUAGUCCCCGACGGUCAUCUGGGGGCGCAGUCCGGUGGGCGCUGAAUGGCCUUAUUGCAGCUACAAUCAUGUACUACAUUGCCUGCUUUUUUACAUUUACAUUCCAAUGCAUACCUCGAGACAAGAUAUGGAAUCCUGAGGUUGCUGGGAAAUGCAUCGACAAUAGCGCGGGCGUCUUGUCGGCCGGACUAAUUAAUCUCCUCCUUGAUCUUGGCAUCUUGGUUGUCCCAGUCUGGGCAAUUUGGCACCUGCAGAUGCCCCUUAAGCGAAAGAUUGGCGCCAUGUCCGUGUUUGCUGUUGGGAUUUUCUUCGCAGAGCUUGUUGGAACCACAGUCGUUGGGUGUAUGCCCAUGUUUCCCCGAUUCUACGAAAAGUCGGCCUUGAUACAAGGGCCAAUAUCCACGAUUCGAUCGGUGACAUCACUACUUACGUUGAGAUCUCAGCGAUCUCAGGCUGUCUAUUCUUCCAAAAGCUCCCAGCUCUCCAGAAGACCGCCCUUUACCAAGUCAGCAAAUCCAGUUGUCGUGACAAUGGACUUUACUCGCGAUGAGAUUCGUUUGAGUCCAGAAAGCCUUGAGCUUGGAGAAGGCGAGGGGGUAAAGUCUAGCUGGAAUUCUUUCCUUGCUGUUUAA